CGAUUGUGGCAGCUUGGGCAAGAUCUGACAAGCCACGAGGAGAUGUUUAUCUGAUUCAACACGCAAGACUAAAAACAACCUGAAGGCGGAUCAUUGUUUACUCCGGUCAAGGUAAUUUCCUCAUGAACGUCACUUAUUCUUUACGGUACACUCUCGUAGAUGAUGGCUUUUUUUUGGGGGGGGGGGGGACUAACAUAUAUGGCACGUGUAACAUAUGCUCUGACUGGCGAAGGAUCAACUUGGGAUCCCAUGGCUUCUUAUUUAUAAACCAAUGGGCUAGCCGAGCAUCACAGGGGGACGCGCAUCUACGCACGUACGCGCGCACCGAGCGUGCGCAUCAUCCAGCAGCUUUGCUCUGCGCCAGAAGACGGACGGACGCGCAAUCUGCGGCACCGACGACGACGAGGAGGAGGAGGAACAGAGCAAGGCUGAGGAUGCAGUGAAAAGUCGAGGGAGGAAGAUCGAUUUUUAAGAUCCAUGUCGAAAACGAGCUUGAUCCAAGGCGGCGGCCACGACGUCGUCGGCGGCCCCAGGGUGGAGGCGAGCAGAGGCGGCCUCGCGGCUGACAACGGCGGUGUACCCCCGAGGCUCCAGGCGGGCUCGCAGCCUCCUCCCGGCGGCCGAAGCAGAGAUGCCCGCCCCCACCAGCGGCACCACCCCCACCACCCCCACCAUCACAACCACCACCACGGAGGAACCUCCGGCGGCACCACCAUGCUCAAGCAGCCGUCGCACAGCGAGCCCGCCGACGCCGUGAGGCGGGCGCUGGACUUCAAGUGCCAGGGCACGCAAUGCUACAAGGACAAGAAGUACCGCGAGGCCAUCGGCAAGUACCACCGCGCGUUGCUGGAGAUGAAGGGCUUGUGCCGGGUGUUCGGCGACCCGGACGGCGGAGGCUCCAAAUCGUUGCUGGCCGCCAUCGGCAAGUCCAGUCCGCUUACCGAGGAGCAGAAGGGGGCCAUGGAGAACGCCGAGCUCGAGUGCUACAACAGCCUAGCCGCCUGCCUUCUCCAGAUGGAGCUGGUCAACUACGAGCGUGUGAAAGAGUACUGUCUGAAGGUGCUGCAUAAGGAGGGGAAAAACUUUAAGGCCCUCUACCGCUCGGGCGUGGCCUACUACCACCUGGGGGACUUCCAGAAGGCCCUCUACUACCUGAAGGAGUCGCACAAGCAGGAGCCGUCAGACACCAACGUCAUCCGCUACAUCCAGCUGACGGAAAUGAAGAUUCGCCGCAGCGCUCAGAGGGAAAAAAAGGACGCCACAUAAAAAAAAAAAAAGAAGACGACGAGCACGGACGACUUUUCCAACUCCUUGCCACUUCCUGUCCCGCCCCUCACUAGUGCGCCGCCCGGACUUGUCAUUGUAUAGCAGUAAGGAAUGUUCCGAUGGGACUUCAAACACUGCCUUUACACUUUUCAAACAUUUAAGUCUACAGAUGAUUUUUUUUGUCUAUUUUUUUUUUCAAUCACUGCCAAUUCAAACAGGCUGGGGAGGAUACACAGAAACAACAAAAAUGCAAAAAAGAUUUGUAGAGGGGUUUUUUUUUUUGUGCAUUCCAGCUGCCCUCCAACGAACAACCAUGCAACCACAAACUAUUCUUACUUUUUCGUCUUGUGCUUUCAAGGAAAAUGCAUGGGGGGGUUUGUAAAGGCGGAAAAAGCACACCAUUGAAAAGAUACAUAUCACAAACAAGUGUACAUAAUAAAUAAAUACAUAAAUAAUUGUUGGCGUUGCACACCCAAAACAAAGCACUUGGAUCACAUCACGGAGAUAAAGUACAAGUACCCACUGGAUAUAUCGUAUGUAUAUGUUAGUACUCGUUUGUAUUGUGAAGAUGCCGCAGCGGUGCGAGUGGAUCAUCUCGACACUUAUUUUGUAAUGAUGAUUAUUUAUACGUUGAAGUGCAUAAAAAUGCAGACGAGAGCAAACGUGUAAAUAAUAAAACACCGCAACCAAA